GCUCCCCUUUCCCCUCCCCCUCCUCCUUCCCCUGAGCCUGCUGCUCGCCCGCGGAUCCUCGUAGCGGACCGGACCUGCUCUGGGGACCGAUGGGAAGUUUGAAUUGGCCCUGGAGGAGUGAAUACCUACCUCUUCAUGGUGCAGGCUCAAGGCAUCCUGCUUCGGGACAAUGUGAGGACCAUUGGUGCCCAGGUGUAUGAGCAGGUGGUCCGAAGCGCCUAUGCCAAGAGGAACAGUAGCCUGAACGACUCAGAUUAUCCUCUGGACUUGAACCACAGUGAAGCCUUCCCCCCAACCACGACAUUUCUUCCUGAAGAUUUCACCUACUUUGCCAACCACCCUUGCCCAGAGAGGCUCCCUUCCAUGAAGGGCCCGAUAGACAUAAACAUGAGUGAGAUCAGAAUGGACGACAUUCACGAGCUCUUCUCCAGAGACCCAGCCAUCAAGCUUGGAGGCCACUGGAAGCCUUCGGACUGUGUGCCUCGAUGGAAGGUGGCCAUCCUCAUCCCCUUCCGGAACCGCCAUGAGCACCUCCCAGUCCUCCUGCGACACCUGCUCCCAAUGCUUCAGCGCCAGCGCCUGCAGUUUGCCUUCUAUGUGGUCGAGCAAGUUGGUACCCAGCCCUUUAACCGAGCCAUGCUUUUCAAUGUCGGCUUUCAAGAAGCCAUGAAGGACUUGGAUUGGGACUGCCUGAUCUUCCAUGAUGUGGAUCACAUACCCGAGAGUGACCGCAACUACUAUGGCUGUGGACAAAUGCCCAGGCACUUUGCAACCAAGCUGGAUAAAUACAUGUACCUGCUUCCCUACGCAGAGUUUUUUGGUGGAGUGAGCGGCCUGACUGUAGAACAGUUUCGGAAAAUCAAUGGCUUUCCUAAUGCCUUCUGGGGCUGGGGUGGAGAAGAUGACGAUCUGUGGAACAGGGUACAGAAUGCGGGCUAUUCUGUGAGCCGGCCAGAAGGGGACACAGGAAAAUACAAGUCCAUUCCUCACCACCAUCGAGGAGAAGUCCAGUUUCUUGGAAGGUAUGCUCUGCUGAGGAAGUCAAAGGAGCGGCAAGGGCUAGACGGCCUCAACAACCUGAACUACUUUGCAAACAUCACAUACGACGCCUUGUAUAAAAACAUAACUGUCAACUUGACACCCGAGCUGGCUCAGGUGACUGAGUACUGAGAUGUGGAGAGAAGUCGUGUCCGCCUACCCACCAUCCCCUCAGAAGCGCUGUGAUGCGCCGUCCUGGGGGUCAACACAGGACGAGGACAGAAAGAGAGUGGAGUGCAGGACCAUAGGGUUCCAGAAAACUGUCACAGAGCACACGCACAAGGGCUUCGCUGUAGGCCCAAACAGGGACAGGCGGCUUGGGGACACCUCUCAUCAGCACUGGCUUCAUUCUACAAGACAGAUGCCUGCCCUGAUGCUCUCUUCUGUCCCCACCCCAGGGCCAGGCUAGGUGCCCCUCGGAUAGAUGGAUGGCCAGACCCAGAGGCCAUGGCCAGCCACCCCUGGCUUGAAGCAGGAGGACUGCCACACCGUUCUCCGCAUCUCUGGUGUUCUCUUUAGUUCUCAUUUUUGUUUGCUUUUGGGGAGAAUUCUUUCUUUCUUUCUUUCUUU